AUGCUGGAGGAGCAGCAGACCACGCUGGGCGUGCUGAGCGACAUGGCGGCGGCCACCAAGGCGCAGAAGAAGACCAUGGCGGAGAUGAAGAUCGACAAGAUCGACAAUACCCUGGAGGAGAUCCAGGAGGUCGGGGAGCAGAUGAGGGCCAUCAACGAGGCAGUGGCGCAGCCUGUGGGGCUGUUUCAGGACAUGGACGAGGACGAUCUGCUGGGGGAGCUGGCAGAGCUGGAGCAGGAGGAGCUGGACAGCCAGCUGUUGGAACCCGCCGCCGUGCCCGCCACCAAGGUGCCCGCCGCCGCCGCCGCCGCGGCCCUGCCCAGCGCGCCCACCGGCGCUGUCAAGGCCAAGGCGAAGACCCGGGAGGAGGAGGAGCUUGAGGCGCUGCAGGCGGAGAUGGCGCUGUGA